ACGGUGGUGCUGUGUCUGGGCCAAAAUCUCUCAAGCCCCAGCGAUCCCUUCCAGGAACACCCGUUUCUCAUUCACACUACCCAGUCGACCUGCGAACAUCCAUGGAGGAAAAAUACAAAGAGAUAGCGGAGGAGCUGUUCACACGCAGCAUGACUGAGAGCGAGAUGCGAAGCGCUCCCUACGAGUUUCCGGAGGACAGUCCCAUCGAGCAGCUGGAGGAGCGGCGGCACCGCCUGGAGAGGCAGAUCAGUCAGGACAUUAAGCUUGAGCCAGAGAUCUUACUUCGUGCCAAACAGGACUUCUUGAAAAUCGACAGUGCUGCAGACCUAGAGCUGAUGAAGGACCAAAGUGUGGACGUCGUUGAYGUUGGCUUCAAGGAGAGGGAAAUGCCGACAGAGAGAGAGUAUCAGCGAGUGUCCAUAUCUGGAGAAGAAAAAUGUGGAGUGCCCUUCACUGACCUCGUGGACGCAGCCAAGUGUGUGGUGAAGGCUUUAUUAAUCCGGGAGAAGUACAUAAACCGCUCCAUGCAGACGUUCUGUAAAACCACAGCUCACGCUUUACAAGAUCUUGGGACGAAACCCGUGGAUCUGGGAGUCUAUGACGAUGUUCCAGAGACGCCUGUAGACGACGAUGCCCCAGUUCACCCUCCUGUUUCAGAGACGCACCCUUACGACAAUCUGGACCCCAACAACAUGCCAGCAGACACAGGAUAUGGCUGCCAGAUGGUCGGGGGGGUCGUACACGUCUACACCAAGAAGACCAACAUGGACAAAAGCAUGGAGCUGGACCUGCCGUAUCCUGACCUGAAGGAAUAUAUCGCAGACAUGAAUGUGAUGAUGUCYCUUAUUAUUAACGGACCAGUGAAGUCUUUCUGCUACAGACGCCUACAGUAUCUGAACUCCAAGUUUCAGAUGCACAUCCUGCUGAAUGAGAUGAAGGAGCUGGCAGCUCAGAAAAAAGUUCCCCACAGAGACUUCUACAACAUAAGAAAGGUGGACACGCACAUACACGCCUCGUCCUGCAUGAACCAGAAGCAUCUGCUGCGAUUCAUCAAGAGGGCCAUGAAGAAAUACCCCGAGGAGAUCGUUCACGUUGAGCAGGGCCGCGGUCAGACCCUCAAAGACGUCUUCGAGAGCAUGAACCUGACGGCGUACGACCUGAGCGUGGACACGCUCGACAUGCACGCGGACCGAAACACGUUCCAUCGGUUUGAUAAGUUUAACUCCAAAUACAACCCCAUCGGAGAAUCCAUCCUCAGGGAGAUCUUCAUCAAGACAGACAAUUACAUUGAAGGAAAAUACUUUGCACAUAUUGUUAAGGAGGUGAUGGCUGACUUAGAGGAGAGUAAAUAUCAAAACUCAGAGUUACGACUCUCCAUCUAUGGCCGCUCCCGAGACGAGUGGGACAAGCUGGCCCAGUGGGCUGUGGAGCACAAAGUUUACUCUACUAACGUGCGCUGGCUCAUCCAGGUGCCCCGUCUGUUUGAUGUGUACCACACAAAGAAGCAGCUGGCUAAUUUCCAGGAGAUGUUGGAGAAUAUCUUCAUGCCUCUGUUUGAGGUCACCAUCAACCCCCGCAGUCAUCCGGAGCUGCACCUCUUCCUGGAGCACGUGGUGGGCUUCGACAGCGUCGACGACGAGUCCAAACCCGAGCAUCACAUUUUCAGUCUUGACAGUCCGCUGCCACCUGACUGGACCGAAGAGGACAACCCGCCAUACUCGUACUACCUCUACUACACCUAUGUCAACAUGACCGUACUGAACCACCUGCGAAGGCGACGGGGCUUCCACACUUUUGUGCUGCGACCUCACUGUGGUGAAGCCGGACCGAUCCACCACCUGGUGUCAGGUUUCAUGUUGUCAGAAAACAUUUCCCACGGCCUGCUGCUCAGAAAGGCCCCGGUGCUUCAGUAUCUUUACUACCUGGCUCAGGUUGGCAUCGCCAUGUCGCCGCUGAGCAACAACAGCCUCUUCCUGAGUUACCACCGCAACCCGCUGCCCGAGUAUCUGUCCAGAGGUCUCAUGAUCUCUCUGUCCACCGACGACCCCCUUCAGUUCCACUUCACCAAAGAGCCGCUGAUGGAGGAGUACAGCAUUGCAGCUCAGGUGUGGAAACUGAGCUCGUGUGACAUGUGUGAGCUGGCAAGAAACAGUGUCCUCAUGAGUGGGUUUUCUCACAAGGUCAAAAGGUACUGGCUYGGCCCCAGCUAUUAUCACGAGGGUCCCGAGAGCAACGACAUCCACCGCACCAACGUCCCUGACAUCCGUGUGGCGUACCGCUUUGAGACCCUCACCGAGGAGCUCCACCUCAUCACCCACGCCGUGCGCACAGACGAAGAGCUGGACGCCAUCAACGAGGAGGACUCUCUGACCAUGGGUCCCCUUCCUGGACAGCGCUGAGACCUUAGGUCCCCGACCCUUCCCGUCCCGUGAAUCCCUGACCCGCUCAGCGUGACGCUGAGGACACGUAAUGUGAGAGAAACCCUGCUCUUUAAACUCCACCAAGCAUCAGUGUAGAAGUUUGUUGCACUUUUUUUUAGAGCUGUACAUCUAGAAUGUCGAGUUUGUGUUUUAGUUUUGACCUCUACCUUCAAUUAAUUGAAUUUACAGUCAGUGUUUUUGUGAUUAAACAGCAGGAAAACGUGUUUGUAUUCUAGCUUUAUAACGCUAUUACGAACAUUUUCUCAGUGUUUUUAACUUCCACUGUAUAUUUCUGUUGCUUAAUCCGUGCACAUGUUCUCUUUAUACUAGAAAAAAAAGAUUAGAUAAGAUGCAGAUGUGAAACGGUCUGUUAGGAUCAAGGUUAGAGGUUGAACCUGCCUGCACAGCAGCAAACUUUGUCAAGGUUUUGUGUUGUUUUUUAAAGAAUUGCUGCAGCACUGAAUAUUAGCCAUGUUUGAUGCUUGGUGUGGUUUGAGAUGAUUAUUAUUUGCUAAAUUGCACACACAGACUUGCUCUUCUGUGACUCUAAUCAGCCCAGAAAGUAACACACAAAGAGAGAAACUCUAGGAGACAUUCCUGACACGCUUUUCUUUUUAUUUUUUUAGCUGCAUUCGAAAUUAUUCCCWGAAAUAAAUAAUAGUUCGAUGGUUCA